UGCCACCACGAGUAUUCGACAUCAUGGAUGAAUCGUUUGAGUCAUUCCAAAAUAUUAUGUACAAAUUUGGAUUUAUGAUGAACGAAUUUGUCUUUGAAUCCAAAGACGUGCAAGAGUUUAUGAAACAAGAUCACAAAAUAGAUGUCGUUGUUGCGGAAGUGUUCUUUAAUGAAGGACUUUACAUGUUUGCUCACAAAUACCAAGCUCCUCUAGUAUUGAUGACGACCGUUGGUAACUCACUUAAGGGAAAUUUCUACAUGAGCAAUCCUCUUCAGCUGUCAAUAUUGUAUCAUGAGUAUGGCAAACACAGUGAACCACUCAGUUUCUUUGGAAGACUGUACAAUUUGUACAUGUGCACGUAUGAUCUUGCCAUGCUCAAAUUUUGGUAUUUCCCUCGGCUACAAGAAUCUACCCUGCAGUACUUGAAGGAUUUGCCAGAACCAGUUCCCACAUUGGAAGAUAUAGCUUCUAACGCAGCCAUUUUACUUCUGAAUUCUCAUUAUAGUAUUGAUAAUGCAGCUGCAUAUUUACCAAAUAUAAUAGACGUUGGUGGACUACAUAUUAAAGAAACAAACGACACGUUACCAGCGGAUCUUCAAAAUAUCUUGGAUAAUGCUAAAAGCGGUGUUGUAUUUUUGAGUUUUGGUUCCAACGUACAAAUAAGUGAAAUGGAUACUGACAAGCUUCAAGCGUUCUUAAAAGUAUUUGGAGAAUUAAAACAAACAGUUCUUAUGAAAUGGGAAAAAGAACCCCUUCAAAAUAUACCUAAAAAUAUUAUCCUAAGGAAAUGGUUUCCACAAAAAGCACUUGUAGCUCACCCCAACGUUAAAUUAUUUAUCGGUCAUGGAGGCCUGCUAGGACUUCAAGAGACAAUAGCAGCCGGGGUACCCAUUCUGGGUGUACCAGUUUUCGGAGACCAGUAUCUAAAUAUUAUUGACACUAUUCAAAAAGGACACGGAGACAUUCUUAAUUAUAAAGAAAUCAAUGAAGAUAUUCUACGGAAGAAGAUCAACAAACUGCUAAAUGAUAAAUCAUACACGGAAACCGCUAAAAAAAUUGCCGCUAGGUUUAAGGAUAGACCUAUGAAGCCACUAGAUACAGCAGUGUGGUGGACUGAAUAUGUGAUCAGACACAAAGGUGCUGAGUUUAUGAAACCGCCAACGAUGAGUUACAUUGCAUAUCACAAUCUUGAUGUAUAUUUGUUUGUGAUUAGCGUAAUAGGAUUUGCCUUAUACACGAUAUUUAAAAUAAUUAUUGUUGUUAAAAACGUUCUUAAAAGUCAACAAACAAAGAAAUUAAAGAAGAAAUAGACUUUUUUUAAAAGUACCAGCUAGAAAUAAAAAGUAGGUAUACUAUUUA